UCAUGCAUUCGCUCUUGGCUUGCCUCCGUGCUUUCUCUCCGUACCUAUCAUUAUAAAGACUUGUUUCUUUUCUUGUUAAUCAACUGAUUAAUGUGAAGAAAGAUCAGAGAAAGAGAAAGAAAGAAACUCUAGAAUCUAGAAGCUUUCUUUCAUUUCAUUCUCACUAGUUUCAAAUACACAAGAACGGAUAGAUUUUUCUUCUUUUCUUUGGAUUUGCUUCCUCUUGCAACCUUUCUUUUCCCUGAAAACUUUCUGGGUCGUCGCUGUUUGCGUUUAAGGAUCCGCAUAUCUCGCGGAAACUAAUCAUCGUAUCACCAUCUUCUUCUUCUUUUCUUCCCUUUCUUUUUCUCAAGUUUCUUUCAAAGCAAACACCUUUUUUGGUGCUCUGUAUACUUGUUUCUUGGUUCAGUAGUAUUCCUUUAGAGAGAGAGAGAGAGAGAGAGAGAGAGAGAGAGCCUUCGAUCUGGGUUACUAAUUAGACAUUAGAUAAAAAGAUAAAAACUUUUGAAAAUCUUGAGGUGGUUGAGCGGUUGAAAAUUUUGAGAUUUCCUCAAGAAGAAUUUGUGAUUUACGAGAAGAAAGUUUCUGAGAUCUGAUGGCUGAAUUUGGAGGAGGAAAAUGGCGAGGUUUGAGAUCAGUGUUGAUGGUUUCACUCAACUUUUUGUUAGCUUUUGUGCUUGUUUCUGCAGAAAGAGGCAUGAGACGAGAAUUUACAGGAACCCCUCAAACAGAAGGGGAGGGUUUAUCAACUUACUUUGUCAAAGCUGUUGAUUUCUUAUGGCAACCUGAUCAAACUGGUUAUCGACAUGUUUGGCCGGAAAUGAGAUUUGGCUGGCAAAUCGUAUUGGGUACUAUAAUUGGUUUCUUUGGAGCGGCGUUUGGAAGUGUAGGUGGAGUUGGUGGCGGUGGCAUUUUUGUUCCCAUGCUUAGCCUCAUUAUUGGGUUUGAUCCCAAAUCUGCUACAGCAAUUUCAAAAUGUAUGAUUAUGGGUGCAGCUGCAUCAACUGUUUACUAUAAUCUUAAGCUAAGGCACCCUACACUUGACAUGCCCAUCAUUGACUAUGACCUGACUCUGCUCAUCCAACCAAUGCUCAUGCUUGGAAUCAGUAUAGGUGUUGCUUUCAAUGUGAUAUUUGCUGACUGGAUGGUCACAGUUCUGCUUAUUAUCCUCUUUAUAGGAACAUCAACCAAGGCAUUCUUCAAAGGGGUUGAAACAUGGAAAAAGGAAACAAUAAUGAAAAAAGAGGCUGCCAAACGUUUAGAGGCAAAUGGUAGUGGAGGGGCAGAAGUAGAAUACAAGCCUCUUCCUAGUGGCCCGAGCACUGGCCCUGAAAAGGAGGCUAAGGAACCAGAGGUCACUCUUCUAGAGAAUGUUUAUUGGAAGGAACUUGGACUUCUUGUUUUUGUUUGGGUUGCAUUCCUCAUACUGCAGAUUGCAAAGAACCAUCUGCCUGCUUGUUCGAUAGAAUACUGGGUAGUGAACUUAUUACAGAUCCCAGUUUCUCUUGGGGUGUCAGGGUACGAGGCAGUGAGUCUUUACAAGGGAAGGAGAAUAAUAGCAUCAAAGGGCAAAGAAGGGACAAAUUUUAAAGUGCACCAACUUGUUCUUUAUUGUUCCUGUGGUGUACUGGCUGGAGUAGUUGGUGGACUGCUUGGACUAGGUGGAGGAUUCAUUAUGGGUCCACUGUUCUUGGAGCUGGGAAUCCCUCCUCAAGUGUCAAGUGCUACUGCUACCUUUGCAAUGACUUUCUCCUCAUCGAUGUCUGUUGUAGAAUACUACCUUCUAAAACGUUUUCCAGUUCCUUAUGCUCUUUACUUCGUCUCUGUAGCCACAAUUGCUGCCUUAAUAGGGCAACACAUAGUGAGAAGGAUGAUCAUUAUGUUUGGAAGGGCAUCCCUUAUCAUCUUCAUUCUUGCUUUUACCAUUUUUGUUAGUGCAAUUUCACUAGGUGGUGUUGGCAUAUCAAACAUGAUAUGGAAGAUUCAGCAUAAUGAAUACAUGGGAUUCGAAAAUCUCUGCAAGUAUGAGGGUUAGGGCCAGUCAGCCUUCCCUUUUCUUUUCUUGGUCUUUUUUGUGUUCUUGAAAAUUUUGUUAAAUUAUUAUGUUGAUGGCUCUUAGGUGCUGUAAUUAUUUGUUGAGGCUGCAAAAUAUGCCCCAUUUGUUGAGGCUGCAAAAUAUGCCCCUCAUGAUUUGUACAAGUAAUUGGAAAGGAUGAUCAUAACUGGUUUUUAAAUUUUCUCAGGACUCAGUUAUUACAAGAUUGAUUUUUACUUGUA